UACACAUACAGAAAAAAAAAGGUCUCCGAAAAAGAAAAACAGAAAAAAAGAAAAAAAGAGAACAAAAAACCCUGGAGUGAUUUUUGUGUUAACUUUUUCCUCUGUAAACUAAACAACAAAUCAAAACCGCAAAAAAAAGGGGUAGAGACUGUGUGUGGAGGAAGAUUGUAUCUUUGUGUUGCAAUGGUGGUGGUGGUGCUGGGACGGGAGAAUGGUGGGGAGGAGAUGAUGGGCGGGACACAGGGUCGUCGGAUUCUGACUUCUGGGUUGGUGUUUUGGGUGGGGUGUUUUGUGUUGUACGGUUUGAUCGCGGGUCUGUACGCUUGGGUGGUGUUGAGACCCUUCUCUUCUGCCUCUUAUGCCCGUUCUGGUCUGCCCUGGCUCGGUUGCCAGGAGGAUAAUGAGGGUUCUUGGGCUAUUGGCGUUUUUUAUGGGGACUCCCCUUUUUCUCUCAAACCCCUUGAAACUCUGAAUGUGUGGAGUAAUGAAAGUGCAGCCUGGCCAAUAGCUAAUCCGGUUAUAACUUGUUCUUCAGCUUCAGACUCUGGUUUCCCUAGUAACUUUGUUGCAGAUCCUUUUCUUUAUAUUCAGGGAGAUACCUUUUAUAUCUUCUAUGAAACCAAGAAUUCAUUCACCAUGCAAGGGGAUAUUGGAGUUGCUAAAAGUACCGAUAAGGGGGCAACUUGGCAAGAAUUGGGAAUUGCCUUGGAUGAGGAGUGGCAUCUCUCUUAUCCUUAUGUCUUCAACUACCUUGGCCAAAUAUAUAUGAUGCCUGAGAGCAAUGAGAAAGGUGAACUUCGUCUUUAUCAAGCAAGUAACUUUCCCUUAGAAUGGAAGCUGGAGAAAGUCAUCAUGAAAAAGCCAUUUGUUGAUUCCUUUAUCAUUAAUCAUGAUGGAGAAUAUUGGCUUUUUGGCUCAGAUCACAGCAGUUUUGGAUCCCAGAAGAAUGGACAGCUGGAAAUUUGGUAUAGCAGCUCUCCUCUGGGUCCUUGGAAACCACACAAGGAGAACCCUAUUUAUAAUGUGGACCAAAGCUUGGGGGCUCGAAAUGGCGGCAGACCUUUUAUGUAUACUGGGAAUUUGUAUCGGGUUGGUCAAGAUUGUGGUGAGACAUAUGGGAGACGCGUCCGUGUCUUUAAGGUGGAAGUUCUUUCUAAGCAUGAAUACAAGGAAGUUGAAGUCCCAUUCAUCUUGGACGAGCCUAAUAAGGGUCGAAAUGCUUGGAAUGGUGCUCGCUACCAUCACCUUGAUGUACAGCAGCUAAGCUCUGGUCAGUGGAUUGGGGUUAUGGAUGGGGACCGAGUUCCUUCAGGAGACAUAGUCCAUCGCAUUAUUCUUGGCUGUGCUUUUGUUGCAGCUGUUGCUGGUGUUGUUGUGUUAUUGGGUGUUCUAUUGGGAGCUGUGAACUGCAUCAUCCCCCUCAACUGGUGUGCUGACUACUCAGGGAAGAGAAGUGAUACUCUUUUGGCGUGGGAGAGGGCAGAUAUGUUUUCUUUGAAGGUAAGGCGAUUCUGCAGCCGCUUGAAUAGAAUACCAUCUCUUCUUCGAGGCAGGAUAAAGUCAAAUUCAUAUUCUGGAAGAUUUGUUUUGGCUUUGAUAUUUGCUUCUGGGGUUGCACUUAUGUGUGCAGGAGUUAAGAAUAUCUAUGGGGGCAAUGGUGCAAAUGAACCUUACUCCUGGAGGGGUCACUUCUCUCAAUUUACAUUACUGGCUAUGACAUAUGAUGCUCGUCUGUGGAAUUUGAAAAUGUAUGUGAAGCAUUACUCAAGGUGCACUUCUGUAAAAGAGAUUGUUGUGGUUUGGAACAAAGGUACUCCUCCUGAGUUGAGUGAACUGGACUCGGCAGUGCCUGUUAGGAUAAGAAUGGAGGAUAAGAACUCACUUAACAAUCGAUUCAAGAUGGAUCCACUUAUAAAGACCCGUGCAGUUCUUGAACUUGAUGAUGAUAUUAUGAUGAGUUGUGAUGAUAUUGAGCGGGGAUUCAGGGUAUGGCGUCAAUAUCCUGAUAGGAUUGUGGGCUUCUACCCCCGGUUUGUUGAUGCAAAAGCGUUGAAGUACAGGGCUGAGAAGUAUGCCAGAAAGCAUAGAGGGUAUAACAUGAUUCUUACCGGGGCAGCUUUUGUUGACAGUCAAGUAGCUUUCAAGAUGUACUGGAGCGAAGAGGCCAAGUUGGGGAGGGAACUGGUAGACAAGUAUUUCAACUGUGAGGAUGUGCUGUUGAAUUUCUUAUAUGCAAAUGCAAGCUCAUCUAAAACAGUUGAAUAUGUGAGACCUGCUUGGGCAAUAGAUACAUCGAAACUUUCAGGCGCAGCAAUCAGCCGAAACACACAAGAACAUUUCCAAAUAAGAAGCGCCUGCCUUGCGAAAUUCGCAGAAAUGUAUGGAGGUCCAGGUGGCCGGAAGUGGGAGUUCAAUGGGCGGCGGGAUGGUUGGGAUGUAUAGGGGAAAGAAAUAGGUUUUAACAACAGUAUCAGCUAGCUGCUCCUGUUUUCUUUUCAUCCUAGUUAGUACAUUUUUAUCUCCCAUUCUGUUGUGAAUUGCCAAUUUUGGUUUAGGGAUCUUGUUUUAAGUAAGCUGUACAUUUAGUGUUUCCUUUCUUUCCCCCCUUUUUUUUUGGAAAAAAAAAAUCCAUAUUUGUUUUCAAUUUCAAGUACAGGGUCUCUUAACACUCUA